GUUCCUGAUGUCACAACUCCGCAUGAGCGGGCAGGCUUCCAUUCAUGCAGGCAGCCAGCCUGUCCAGGCCCAGGCUCAGAAUUUCUACCUUCAUGUUGGAGAUCACAAGGUGAGGAUGACGGAGGUGAAGACACAGCUGGAGAAGGGCUUCGAUGUGUACAUUCCUGAGACCAGUGUUGAGGAAGUCUUGGGUGUGAUGACGUCAGCGUGCACUGACCUAGCAGAGUUGCCUGAGCUCCGUGAUGUCAUUCUUGCCGUGAGCAGUGCUUGCAGGAAGCACAAAGCCUCGCAGUUCCUGAUGUCUCAACUCCGCAUGAGCGGGCAGAUUUCCAUCCACGCAGGCAGCCAGCCUGUCCAGGCCAAGGCUCAGAAUUUCUACCUCCAUGUUGGAGAUCACAAGGUGAGGAUGACGGAGGUGAAGACAGAGCUGGAGAAGGGCUUCGAUGUGUACAUUCCUGAGACCAGUGUUGAGGAAGUCUUGGAUGUGAUGGCGCCAGCAUGCACUGACCUAGCAGAGUUGCCUGAGCUCCGUGAUGUCAUUCUUGCCGUGAGCAGUGUUUGCAGGAGGCACAAAGCCUCGCAGUUCCUGAUGUCUCAACUCCGCAUGAGCGGACAAAUUUCCAUCCACGCAGGCAGCCAGCCUGUCCAGGCCAAGGCUCAGAAUUUCUACCUCCAUGUUGGAGAUCACAAGGUGAGGAUGACGGAGGUGAAGACAGAGCUGGAGAAGG